GCUCUAAGUAGCCUCAACCCCACCGAGCAAUUACUCACCUACGGAGUAUUGUUAAAGAGCUCUACCCUGUCCUUAGGUCCCGCCGCAUACCCCGGGCAUCGUGGCAUCCUAACCAAAAAGGGCCCUUCGAUCUUCCUUUUCCUCAGUCACUACAGUUCCCAACACGAUAACCAACUUCAGUUUGAUGGUUGUGGGCCAGGCAACAGAUCGUUCCAUCCCUGCGUUGUCACCAAAUCCCACAUAGCGGAGCCGCGAAAGUGUCAACACAAAGGUAUUGCCAAAGAUUCUAGAACACGUCAUAUCAGCCCCCAGAUAAGGCCGAUCGCGUUUCAGCCUCGCACCCAAUAUUACGCAGUCGUGGCAGUUUCUUGUGUCUCUGAGACGUCCCACUGAUCAUCUGCCCCUGACCUCAACUGGAUAAACCAUGGCCUGAUGGGAUGGUCCAUAGCCUUGAACUCGCCAUCGGCCUCCACUUCACUGUCCAUCGAUCGUGGCACCCGACCAGGGAUCAGAGCAGAUCACAAAUCUGGUAGCCAUCACGCCUCUCAUGUCGACCUCGGACCAACAUGCCAGUGAGGCAGCAAGCAGUCAAGCCUUGCCCUCAGAGGAUGGUCCCGAUCUAAUUGAUUUGGAGUCGCAAGAGCAAGGACACACGGUACCGCAGGACGCCCAGGGGCCGCCGUCCGCCGAUACCACGUCCACCCCAACACAUCAUGUUUAUCGUGACCCAGAACCCACACAGCAGCUUCAAGACCUUCGGCUCGCCGACGCUGAUUCCCGCCAAGCGGCGCCCGACACUUCUACCAAGACUCUUCCUUCUACACCCCCUCCACCUGAACCACCCUCCCAACGAGAAAAGCCGUACCGAGACCCUACUCCCAAGACGCCCACCAUCUCACGCCAUCCUUCGGUCCGACAGUCACCAGUGGAGGAAGAAUAUGACGAGAAAGAUGGCCCCGAUCAUCAAGAUACGAAUGACCGCGUGUCGGAUCGAAGAAGCAAAAGCGAAAAUGAGGCCGAGUCAGAGUCAGAGAUACAGAGCAUUAUGGAUCAAUUCGACGAUGCGUCAGCAGCUCCCACUAAAGAAGAUAUAAUGUCCCCCAGACAUGAGUUUACAGGACCGAUCUUGGGGACGGGGACUGGAUUUCCACCGCGAAGAUCCAGCCUCGAUCACAUUAGGUCAAGAGAUAUGGAUGCGAUUGCUUCGUCCCCGGUGGCAUCGACAUCGGAAAACCCAUUGGCAUCCCCGUCGCCCGCCCCGCCUAGCGAGCAAGCUUCCUUGAAAAGCCCAGGGGCCGGGUCGACGACAUCACUCUCCACCUUGAGGCUUCCACCAGAGCCUGAGCCAGAACUUCCCUUUGACUUUCACCGCUUUCUCGAACAGCUGCGACACAAGUCUGCCGACCCAGUGGCGAAGUUCCUGCGAUCAUUCCUGACUGAAUUUGGGAAGAAGCAGUGGAUGGUGCACGAGCAAGUCAAGAUCAUUGGGGAUUUCCUGGCGUUCAUUACCAACAAAAUGGCCGUAUGUGAUGUGUGGCGGGAGGUUUCCGACAAUGAGUUUGAUAAUGCCAAGGAGGGCAUGGAGAAGCUGGUCAUGAAUCGAUUGUACUCACAAACAUUCUCUCCAGCUAUCUCACCACCAGCGCAACCAGCACGAUCACGGUCACGAGGGAGGAGGAAGGACGCGGAAAAAGCGCUUCUCCCUGGUCGACGUGGUCAACACCAAGAAGAUGUCGAACGAGACGAGAUCUUGAGCCAGAAAAUCCGCAUCUACAGCUGGAUCCGAGAAGAACAUUUGGACCUGGUUCCAGUGGGCUCCAAUGGUGAAAGGUUUCUGCGACUGGCUCAGCAGGAGCUCCUCAAGAUCAAAGGCUACCGGGCUCCGCGAGACAAGGUGAUUUGCGUGUUGAAUUGCUGCAAGGUGAUCUUUGGGCUGCUGAAGAAUGCCAAAAGCUCCGACACAUCAGCGGACUCUUUCGUGCCCCUUUUAAUUUACGUGGUCCUCCAGGCGAAUCCUGAACAUCUCGUGUCCAACAUUCAAUAUAUUCUCCGCUUCCGAAACCAGGACAAACUGGGCGGGGAAGCAGGAUACUAUCUAUCGUCACUAUCUGGAGCUAUCCAAUUCAUUGAAAGCCUGGAUCGGACAACGCUCACUGUUUCAGACGACGAAUUUGAGCGUAAUGUGGAACAGGCAGUAUCAGAGAUUGCUGCGCAGAACCGCUCUGCCGAAGAGGCGGCGAGUCCCCGUGUGGGGGCAAGCGAAAAGUCACUCAUGGGCGGCACAGACCUCACUCCCCGGAAUUCGAUCGAGGCAUCGUCGAGUAGCCCAACUCGCCGAGAUGUGCGAGGGGGACCAAGCAACUCAGAUAUGACAGGUGAUGAUAGUGUGGCAGGUCUGCUGCGCAGCAUUCAACGUCCACUUACAUCAAUUGGUCGCAUCUUCUCGGACCAGGACAGCUCACAAGAGCGACGGGCGAGCCCAGCGCCGACCCAACAGGCCCCAAGGCUGAGCCCUGCGGUUUUUCAACCACCACGCCAGGGAAACACCUCGCCGGCUUCGUAUGACGCACAAGAGGCAGCCGCACGACAGGCCAGCGCCGAGGCAGCCGAGGCACGACGCAUUCAGCAAGCAGAGCAUCGGACGGUAGUUGAGACGCUGUGUGGCAUGUUCCCGAAUCUGGACCAAGAGGUUAUUGACGAUGUUGUCCGGCAGAAACAGGGACGGGUGGGCCUUGCGGUGGAUGCAUGUUUGGCGUUGACCGCUGGAAGUUAGCGAAGGGUGGGUAAAAUAGAUAGACAUGGAGAUCAUAUAGGAGAAUGCUUGACACAUCGGUACCAGGAGAUGAGCCCCCAGCACAAAUCUACGGAGUACAUGACAGCAGCUUGAAAAGAUCGACCUCCCAAUCGCGGUUGAGGAGAUUUUUGAGUUUCUUGAAGACAUUGAAAAUCUUGAAGCUUUUAUGCACCUGUGCAGGAGUUGCUUCAUCUUUAUCGAGGUUUCUUUCCACUCAUGUUCGCACACAAUGCAACGGAUGGGCUGUAUUUGCAGUCAGCUGGAAUCCCUACCAACUGACUGAUAUCUGGACUGGGCCUGGCUGUGGUUGAGGACGAGCGAACAGAGCAUGAUGGAUCGUGAGCAACCCCCUUGGGCAAACAUGACUUUGGGACUUUGGGCCAUUUCAAGCUUUAGGGUUCCCCCUAGACACCAAAAUCACACCAAAGUCGCCCUUUAGCGGCACUUGCUCCAGGCUUCUCCAAGGUUGAUGCGACGCGUCUUGGGGGAGAAGGGGGG